CUUUCCCGGGACCACAAUUCCCAGAGACUUGACUUCGCGGCUUUUCUCUCGGUGUCGUGUCUCUCUUGGCGCUGGCUAGGCUAGUAGGGCCACAGCGACGACGUGGUCUGUCGUGUCCAGUGUCAGGGUGUACUCUUCUGCCGGGCUUUCUGUUGUUUCAGCCACUUUUGCCGGACAGACCGUCGCGGCUGGCCUGAGCGGUGACCUGGCGACACACACAAGCUAAGACAUAUGGUUCUAUCUUCAGAAAACAAUAUGGUGUUUAUAGCCUAGAUAUGUAGGUAACCUUUCCAGAGAUGUGACAGAAGUCCUUAUACUCCAGUUAUUCAGUCAGAUCGGACCCUGUAAAAGCUGUAAAAUGAUAACAGAGCAACCCGAUAGCAGAAGGGUCAACUCUUCUGUUGGAUUUUCUGUUUUGCAGCAUACAAGCAAUGAUCCAUAUUGCUUUGUGGAAUUUUAUGAACACAGAGAUGCAGCUGCUGCAUUAGCUGCUAUGAAUGGGAGAAAAAUUUUGGGAAAGGAGGUCAAAGUAAACUGGGCAACAACACCAAGUAGCCAGAAAAAAGAUACUUCCAAUCACUUCCAUGUGUUUGUUGGGGAUUUGAGUCCAGAAAUUACAACAGAAGAUAUCAAAUCAGCAUUUGCCCCCUUUGGUAAAAUAUCGGAUGCCCGGGUAGUUAAAGAUAUGGCAACCGGAAAGUCCAAAGGCUAUGGUUUUGUAUCUUUUUAUAACAAACUGGAUGCAGAAAAUGCAAUUGUGCAUAUGGGGGGUCAGUGGUUGGGAGGUCGACAAAUCAGAACCAAUUGGGCCACACGUAAACCACCUGCCCCUAAAAGUACACAAGAAACUAACACUAAGCAGUUGAGAUUUGAAGAUGUAGUAAACCAGUCAAGUCCAAAAAAUUGCACUGUGUACUGCGGAGGAAUUGCUUCUGGGCUAACAGAUCAGCUUAUGAGACAAACAUUUUCACCAUUUGGACAAAUUAUGGAAAUUAGAGUUUUUCCAGAGAAGGGCUAUUCGUUUGUCAGAUUUUCAACUCAUGAAAGUGCAGCCCAUGCCAUUGUUUCUGUGAAUGGUACUACAAUCGAAGGACAUGUGGUUAAAUGCUAUUGGGGUAAAGAAUCUCCUGAUAUGACUAAAAACUUCCAACAGGUUGACUACAGUCAGUGGGGCCAGUGGAGCCAAGUGUAUGGAAACCCUCAACAGUAUGGGCAGUAUAUGGCAAAUGGGUGGCAAGUGCCUCCCUAUGGUGUAUAUGGGCAGCCAUGGAACCAGCAAGGAUUUGGAGUAGAUCAAUCACCUUCUGCUGCUUGGAUGGGUGGAUUUGGUGCUCAGCCUCCUCAAGGACAAGCUCCUCCUCCUGUAAUACCUCCUCCAAACCAAGCUGGGUAUGGAAUGGCAAGUUUCCCAACACAGUGAGCUGGGACUCUAAACACAAUUGUAACUCACCAUAGGCUGCAGUUUCCUGUGACACUCUGAAGACAUGAAAAGUAAACAUCGGAAAGUGAAAAUAUUUAUUUUAAAAAUUGAAAUGUUGGAACCUUUAGCACAGCUUUGCUUGGUGAAGGACACGUGUCUUCUAGUUCUGCCUUUUUAAGUUUUUGUUCAUGAUGGAUAUGAACAUGAUUUUUCUUUGUGUACAAAAACUAAAAUAAAGUCAAUAAAGACAAUUCUGACUAAAUUUUGAUAUAAUAGGAGAAAUGGGUAAUACGUUUUGAUUCUUAGACACUAUUCCGUUUUUAUCUUGCUGUUCAGUAUUUUAACUCACUGUGUUUUUAAAAGAGCAAAAAAGGGAGUAUCGUGAAAAACUGCGAAUCGCAUCAGUCCAUCCUGAAUUCUGAUACUCCCCUCCCAUCCCCUGAGGUGGACCGCAUUGAAGUUAGCAGGAAAAGUGUGAUUUCAGAAGAAAUACAUGAUGUGGGAAUCGCUGUGGAAGAAAUACUUAUUUCUCUCUCUGUUAAAGAAACUGAAGCCAGACUGACAGCUUGCAACCUAAAUAAGGAACAGCAUCGUAGGAGUUCCUUGAGAGAAUGUUGGUGGUCCACAUUAAUACAUAUUUUUAAAACCUUCAAAGUGUUGGUUAUCAAAAAUGUAGUAUAUUACAUUUCAUUUUGGGGGAAAAUUCCAAGUAUGGUGUUUAUAUUAAAGUCAGACAGUCAUACUUGUGCUUUUACAUGGAGUUUAAAUGAUAAACAUUGUAAAUAUUGAAUAACUACAGUGUUUCAAAAGCAUGCUUCAACAUAGAAGUAGCAGCAAUGUAAUUAUUCGAGGUGACAAGUAACAUACAUCCUCACUGCAGUGAGUGCAGUGCUCAGUAACAAUGUUUAAGACUGGCAUUUUCAAAGUUGGCCAUGUAAAAUUAAAAUGACACAAAUGACUACACAGAAGAAGCCUUAAUUUAAUUUCAUACAAAUCUUUUGAUGGAUUAGUAUAUUCUAAAUUGUAAAUGGAAGUUAGAUUUGGGUUUUGGGGUCUUUUUUUUUUCCUUUUUUCUUUUUUCUGUAUUUGGUACACAAUACCUUGAUUAAAACCUAGUGAAAUGAUUUCAAGGUUCCUAUAAGUUGUAUAGCACAAAUGUUUUUUAAAAAUCUUGGGAUGUUUUUAAAAAUAAGAUAUAUUUUGCCCAAGAAUUUUUUUAACAAGAUUGCUAAAAUAUCUUUAGACAGCUUGAUGUACCAAUUUAUAAUUGGAUAUUCAAUUUAAGUCUAUACAAAGUUGUUACUUUUAUUCCUAAUUUGUUCUUUUUUCUUGUGGGGAGUGUGUGGGUGACAAGCCUGAACAGGCCUGAGUUGUAUGUGUGCAGUUUGUAAAUGAAUCAAUGCGUUGGGAAGGUGCAGGAGUUCCAGUUGUGCUUCCACGGCCUUUUUCAGUCUAUGUGGAUACAGUCUGCCUCAUAUUUCUUUAAAAUGGGAAUGUGACAUAGAUAGAAUCCUGUGUGUUUCAGUUGUGACAGCUAGGGGGUGCAAAUGUUCUGGGAGUGUAUUCAACCUGUUGGCCUGUGUAUGCACAAGAGCAAACAACCCCAACAGUUCAGUGGUACAGGAGGCAAAAUAUAGCUAGUUUCCACACUCAGCCAUCGAAGUCAAAGAUUAAGAUAAUGUGGUUUUAGAUAUUGAUGACCACAAAAAUUCUAUUUCCUCCUUUCUUCACUUAGAAAUAUAGCCAAAUGUAUUCAGCAUAAAAAUUUACAGGGUCUGAAGUUCAUUUUUGAGCCAAAAUCUUAAUGUACCUCAGUUUUUUGGGGGGUUUUUUGUUUUUGUUUUUUUAAACCACAGCAUCUCUGUGUUGUACUUGUCUAUGACUACAUAGACUGGUUUCUUCUGGUCCUCCUACCUUUGGGGGAUGUUCUGGAAAAGGUACUUUAUAUUUUAUAAGAAGAAAACAAGAAGCUAUAUUCUGCCCCAAGUUAAGAUUUUCAUUAACCUUUAUGAAACUCAAACAUCCUAAAGAUUUUCUAAGUUGAUGAAUUGAUAAGAGCUUAUUAAAUUAAAAUUUCAGUUUGCGUUCUUUUUUCCCCUCUGCCAGUAAACUGUGGCUUAUUGAAAUAAGUAAUGGCCAACUCUAGCUGUAGUCUUUUCUGUUAUAUAUUCUGUGAUUUAAUAAAAUUAUCCAGACUAGUUACAUUGCCAUAGUGAGCAUGUGACUGACAUGUCUUAAUUUGGAUGAGGAAAAAAAAAAAAAGGUUUCUUAAUAA